AAAAUGAAUCCCGGAGCACCGAACUACCAGAUGGCUUCGCUGUACGUCGGCGAUCUGCACUCGGACAUUACGGAGGCAACGCUGUUCGAGAAGUUCUCAUCGGCCGGCCCGGUACUGUCCAUCCGCGUAUGCCGUGACCUGAUCACACGUCGUUCGCUCGGCUACGCAUACGUCAACUUUCAGCAGCCAGCCGAUGCUGAACGCGCACUGGAUACAAUGAACUUCGAUCCGAUCAAGGGCCGCCCGAUCCGUAUCAUGUGGUCGCAGCGCGAUCCGUCGCUGCGCAAAUCUGGCGUCGGCAACGUGUUCAUCAAGAAUCUGGACAAAAAAAUCGACAACAAGGCCAUGUACGAUACGUUCUCGGCAUUCGGUAACAUCCUUAGCUGCAAGGUAGCGCAGGACGAGAAGGGCCAGAGCAAGGGCUAUGGUUUCGUACACUUUGAGACGGAGGAAUCGGCCAACGAUUCGAUCGAUAAGGUAAAUGGUAAGCUGUUGAAUGAGAAGAAGGUAUACGUUGGCCGUUUCAUCUCGCGCAAGGAGCGCGAGAAGGAGCUGGGCGAAAAGGCGAAGCUUUUCACGAACGUUUACGUGAAGAAUUUUGGCGAUGAGUUGACCGAGGAAGCGCUGCGCGAGAUGUUUGAAAAGUAUGGUCCAAUUACCAGCCAUCGCGUAAUGACAAAGGAGGGCAAAAGCCGUGGAUUCGGCUUUGUCGCGUUUGAAAGUCCGGAGGCGGCUGAACGUGCGGUGCAGGAGCUAAACAACAAGGAGCUGCCGGAUGGCAAAAUGCUGUACGUUGGCCGGGCACAGAAAAAGAACGAGCGCCAGAUGGAGCUGAAGCGACGGUUCGAGCAGCUGAAGAUGGAGCGCCUGACACGGUACCAUGGUGUGAAUCUGUACGUGAAGAAUCUGGACGAUACUAUUGACGAUGAGCGGCUGCGGAAGGAGUUUGCCCCGUACGGUACGAUCACCUCGGCCAAGGUAAUGCUGGACGAGGGCCGCUCGAAGGGUUUCGGUUUCGUGUGCUUCUCGGCACCGGAUGAAGCGACCAAGGCGGUAACGGAGAUGAACGGACGUAUUGUCGGUUCGAAGCCGCUGUACGUGGCACUUGCCCAGCGCAAGGAGGAGCGUAAAUCGCACCUAGCCAGCCAGUACAUCCAGCGUGUCAACAAUCUGCGUAUGCAGCACAUUGGACAAGUUUAUCAGCAGAGUGGCAGCUACUUUAUGCCAACCCUCCCGCAACCGCAACGCUUCUACGGGCCACAGGUUGCUCCGGUCCGUACCGCUCCACGUUGGUCCGCCAGUGCUCAGAUUCGUCCAAACGCGGGCAAUCAGAAUGUGGCCACCAAUGCUCCGGCUGGCGGAUAUCCGGCAAUUGCUGCUGCGCACGUUGCGAACAGCCAGUACCGCCAGGCGGGUAAUGUCCGCGGCGCCAACCAGCAGGCACAGAACGCACAGUCGGCCCAGGCAACGUCGGCUGCCAUGCGCAAUGCGGCGCGUCCGAUUACCGGACAGCAAACCGCGACGAACAUGCAGGCGCGCCCAGUCGCUCCUCAGCUGGCCGCUGGACAGACCCGUUCACCGAACUACAAGUUCACCCAGGCUAUGCGUAACCCGCAAGUACCGCAACCGGUUCCGAUCCAGGCUCAACCUGUUGCUCAGCAAGCUGUCAUCGUUAAGGGCCAAGAACCGCUCACUGCAUCCAUGUUGGCUGCUGCUCAGCCGGCUGAACAGAAGCAGAUGCUCGGCGAGCGUCUGUUCCCACUGAUCGAGCAGAUUUAUCCGAAUCUGGCCGGCAAGAUUACCGGCAUGUUGCUCGAGAUUGACAACUCCGAGCUGUUGCACAUGCUGGAGCACAAGGAAUCGCUCAACGCAAAGACUGAGGAGGCUGUCGCUGUGCUGCAGGCUCAUCACAAGACUUCGGCCCAGCCCAACUAAAGCGCUGCCGAAGAAGCCGA